AUGGAGAAAGAGGCUGUCCAAAUCUGCCUGUGCCAUCAGCAGGAAGCUGGUCCUCCUUCCUGGUGCUUGGGAGAUGCAAAUGAUAGGAACAAUAGGGCCCCUGUCCCCAGGCCAUUUGUGCGGCUGCUGCCACUGCUCCUGUAUCCCUUCUAUCCUUCCUGUGCUCAGCAUCCCUUCCUGGAAGCCCCAGAGGAGGAGGAUAAAUAUGAGCUGCCCCCCUGUGAGGCUCUGCUCCGCCACCUCGCCCCUGCCCAACUUUCUGGCACUGAGGAGGACUCUUUGUACUUGGAUCACUCGGCUCCCCUGGGCCCUCCCACAUCACCACUGCCACCACCGCAGCCCCAGCCGGCGAUGGUACACAGCCUCCCUGCCCGCCCCACCCCAGCAUACCAUUUUCCACCCAAAGCAGCGCUGAGCCCACUGGAGGCCCUGAAGCAGAGCUGGCCCCUUGGAAGGCGAGAACUGGGUGAACCGGCCCGAGCGGUGCCAGGCCCUGCGAAGGAGCCCGAUGAGGACAUCUACGUGGAGUGUGAGCGCAGUCCAGCCCCAGCCUUUACUCAGACUCUGAGUUCCCCAGUCCUGACGGCCCCAGUCCUCCUACCAAGGAUAUCCGUGGGGCCCAGGCCCACCAAAACCCCCCAAGAAGCUCAGAAUGGAGCAUCAAAGGCCACCUCUGAAGGGUCUGUACCGAAUCAGGAAGCUCCCAGCCCGUAUCGUAACAUCACUCCUCACUUGGAGGUCACGCGUGGCCCAGCCGAAAGAAGAACCUCUCUUUCUUCUAUAGCCGCAGCCCAGAACACCUCAGCUGCCCAGGAAGGCAAUCUGCUGGGUCAACCUUGGUACUCAGGGAACUGUGACCGCCAUGCUGCUGAGAGCGCCCUGCUCCGAUGCCAGAAGGAUGGAGCCUACACCGUGCGCCCCAGCUCAGGCCCUCGUGGCACCCAGCCCUUCACCCUGGCAGUACUUCUCCAUGGCCGAGUCUUCAACAUUCCCAUCAGGCGGCUGGCUGACGGGCGCCACUAUGCCCUGGGCCGGGAGGGCAGGAACCAUGAAGAGCUCUUCUCCUCCGUGGCCGCCAUGGUCCAGCACUACACACAGCAUCCCUUACCGCUCCUGGACAGACAGAGCGGCAGCCGGCAGCUCACCUACCUGCUCUUCCCCACCAAGCCCUGA